AUGAAAAUUAAAUAUAAUAUUAAAAAAAAAAAUGAUAACCUACAUCAUUUCAUAAGUAAUCAUACGCUAAUAUUUUCUAUUAUCCUACUUAUAAAUCUAUUGAUUUUUUUCUCAUUUAUCAAUGGCUAUUUUUAUGCAAGACAAACACUUGAAGAAAAAUCAGAAAAUCUUGAGCUUUUUAGUAGGAAAGUAUUUGGAGAUGAAUACGUAGAAAGUUUGAAAAAGAAAAAAAAUACUUUUUCGAUUAUUAAUGCACCAUAUGAUAAAGUAGUUAUACUUUUAAUAGAUUCCUUAAGAUUUGAUUUUACCCUAUACGAUACUAAUUAUGAAAAGGAAUUCAUAGGAAAAGAAAAAAAUACCGAUAUCUACAAUAAUAUAUCUAGCAAAAAAAAAAAUAUAUCAAAUGAUGGGGGAAAAAAAAACUCAUUAUUUUUUUUAAAUAACAUGAUAAAUGUACAUCACAUUUUACAAAAUGAAAAAAACAACACUUUAUUAUUCCGGUUUGAUGCAGAAGCCCCUACAAUAACAACUUCAAGGAUAAAAUCUAUAUUUAUGGGUACAAUACCAAAUUAUAUGGAAGUAAAUGAAAACUUUAGUCCUACGACUAGUGUUGAAGAUAAUUUUUUUGAACAGCUUCAUUUAAAUAAUAAAAAAGCAAUAGCUAUAGGUGAUAAUACCAUUACUCAUUUGAUGAAACAUUUUUCUAAAGAAUUAGUUUAUGAGAGCUUUAAUGUUUUUGAUUUUUAUUCAUUAGAUAUUGCUGCAAAGAAACAUUUUUAUGAAGAAUACGAAUCAAAUGAUUGGGAUAUUAUGUAUAUACAUAUGUUAGCAGUUGAUCAUAUUGGACAUAUAAAAACACCCAACUCAAAAAUCAUGGGAGAUGCCUUAAAAGAUUUUGAUACAUUCAUAUAUGAUAUUAUAAAUAAAAUAAAAUUAGAUAAUCUUAAAAAUAUUAGCACAGAAGAAAAAGAAAAAAGGAAAAUAAUAAAAAAAAAAAAAUUUAAAACUUAUAGAAACGGUCAUCAUAUAAAAAAUGAAAAUGAUCAUACUAUUGAAGAUAUAAAAAAUGAAAAUGAUCAUACUAUUGAACAUAUACAAAAUGAUAAUGAUCAUACUAUUGAACAUAUACAAAAUGAUAAUGAUCAUACUAUUGAAGAUAUACAAAAUGAUAAUGAUCAUACUAUUGAAGAUAUUGAAAAUCAAAGGGAACAAAAAAAUGAUGAUAAAAAAACACUGUUCAUAUUUUUUGGUGAUCAUGGACAGCUAGAUACAGGAGAUCACGGAGGAUACAGCUUGGACGAAACCCAUAGUGCUCUUUUUGCAUAUUCACCCUUAAACUUUAUAUCUUUAGAUAAUGACAUCAUUCAAAAUAAUUUUGUUUUAUAUGAUAAAGAUAAAUUAAAAAAAAAUGUUAACAUACUGAAUGAAGAAAAUACUAAUAAUGAAAAUAUAGAUAAUUAUAAAAAAUAUCAUUCAUAUUUAAAAGAUAGAAAUAAAAAAUAUUCUUACCAUUAUAAUGUUAAAUAUACAAAACAAGUAAAUUUAAUGAGUACCUUAUCCUUAUUAAUUGGGUCAACAUUACCUUAUGGAAAUAUAGGAAAUAUUAUUAUGGAUUUCAUUCCCAAUGCAUAUAUAAAUAAUAAUAAUAAUAAUAAUUUUUCAUUACCUAAUGAACAGACAAAUUUAUAUUAUGAUGUUUUAAAUUUACAUUAUAUUGCUGAAUUAAAUUAUGCUAACUUAUGGCAAUUGAAUAGAUACCUGAAUGAAUAUGAAAAAAAGUAUAAUAUAAUAAAAAAUGAAGAUUAUCAUUUUAUUAAAUCCUCAUGGCAUAAUAUACAAAAAGACAAAAAGGAAUUGUUUUUUCAACCAAAUAAAAAAUUUAUUAAAAAUGACAUUUUAUUAAAAAAAGAAAAAGAAUCAUAUAUAGAAUUCAUAAAUGAAAUGACAACUCUAAUGGAUAUCACACAAAAAUAUUUUUACUAUAUAUUCAACAUAAAAGAAAAAUAUUUCUUAAUUUUAUCUAUUCUUUUAAAUAUAUUCUUAUUAUUAUUUUUAAAACAUUUUUAUUAUUAUUCUAAAUUAAAUUAUUACCAUAAAUUAAUUAAAGGUUCGAAGAUUCUAUUAUGUAUUAGUCUAUUUCUUAAUAUUAUAGUAACCUUUAAUGAUUUUAAUAAAAAUAUUUAUUUAUUACUUUGUAUAUGUGUAUUACUUUUAUAUUUUUUUAUCUUCUGUUUAUCAAGUAAAGAAUAUAAAGAUAUAUUCCGAAUAUUUUCUCAUGCUAAAAUCAUUUUCAUAAGCAAUAAUAUAGAUAUGAUCAUACCUAGUAUAAAAAAUUACAAUAUGAGCCCUAAACGUAACAUGAAUAUUACGAAUAAUGACACCUACCAUACAUCACAUAAGGAUGGGAAAUCUUUCUCAAAUAAAGAAAAGAAACAAAAUAAUACACCUAUGUAUAUAUUAUAUAAUAUUAUUUAUUUAUUAAGAAUAAUUCGAAAAAAAAUUGUUCAGUAUAUAAUCUUUAUACAUUUGACAAUAUACAAUCUAACUAUAGGUAAUAUUAUCUUUAUUCUAUUUAAAUUAUUUCCGAAAAUUAUAACCAUUUCAUUUCAAAUAUUAAGAAGUAAUUUUUUCCUUUUGUUUGUUAUUAUAUGGAGCUCCUGUGAAAUGUCCUUUAAUUAUAUACAUAACGAAAGAUAUUAUAUUCAUUACAUUUUAAUUACAUAUGUUUUAUUUGGCAUGCUUAAAUGGAAGUAUCACCGUGUCUUUAAUAUACUAAAAGCCUUUAUUUUGUUGGUGCUUUUAAUAACUAAUGCUUUGUAUAGCCAUACACCCGAAUAUUUUGACCAUGGUAAAGAAAAAAUAUAUUUAAAAGAAUCUGUACUAAAAUCAGUUUUUCCAAUAUCAUCUUAUAUUCUUAGCUUAAUAUUAAUAAAUAGUGGUAUUAAUAAUUUACUGAAAAAACGAAUAAAAAUAAUAAUAACACAAAUAUGGACAUUACAAUAUAUCCUCGUUUUUUUGUUCCUAAAUAAUAUCUACCAUAGAUAUAUUCAAUUUAUAACACCCCCAAGUAUUUAUUUCUUAACCAUUUCAACCUUCAUAUUCAUACUGUUAAGUAAAAAUAUUUUAAAUGAAAAAGAAAAAUUACAAGAUUCUUUAGACAAAAUAUAUGAAGUCUGUAUUACAUUAUUUGUCAUAAUAAUUACCUCAAUACCUUUGUCUUUUAUUAUAUAUAGCAAUACAAAUUUAGGUGUAUUAUUUCUCUUUUAUAUGACAUUUCUUUUUUUCUACUUUAUUCUUAUAAGUUCCAACUGUUCAGAAAAUAUGAUCCAAAUGAAUGACAUAACAUCUACAUGGAUAAAUGAACAUAUAGAUAAUACAAAUGAUCCUAUAAUUACAAAAGAAAGUUUGGAGAAUAAAGAAAAUUGUCCUUCAUAUAAUACAUAUAUAAAAGAAAAAUUUUAUUAUAAAUUAAUGGUAGAAAAAUUCAAAUUAUUAAAUACAUGCUCUCUAUUAAAUGAAGAAGAAAUAAUGGAAAUACAAAUGUAUAAAUUAAUUAGAGAUAUUUCUUAUUUUUAUAUAAAUGAAACAGAUUUUUAUAUUUUAUCAUGUGUACUUUUAAUAUAUUCUUUUUUUAUAACGGGACAUAAAUUUAUUUUAAAUAACUUACCACUAGUUUCAGGUUAUGUUGGAUUAUAUAAAUAUGUGUGGCCAAUAAGUCAGUUUUAUAUUUUUAAUCAUAUUUUUUUUCCAUUCUUCUUUUCCUUAUUUUUUAUCAUUUAUAUUUAUAACAUAAGAAGGAUAAAAAUUAUAAAUUCGUUUAAGCAAUUUGAUUUGUAUUAUUUUUAUGUUUAUCCACUAAUGAACUUUUCCUUCAAGGCCUCCUUUUUGUUUUGUUGCAAGUUUAUUAUAUCUGUAUGGGUUUCAUAUUACUUGAACCUGCACAUAAUGUUAUAUGAUUAUUUCCUGCCAAAAAUGUUUUACCUAUUCGCUAUGCACCUUAUCAUUAUUAUAUUUUGUU